UUUCAUCAUGAUUGACAUUUUAAAGAUUAUGACGUGAUUUAUGUAAUUUUUUCAUCUUUUGACUAAAAUAGAAAGUAUUAUGAAGUAGAAAAAGACCUCCAUGGGUAAUAAUCCAGCCAAGAAGGAAUCCCGUGUUUUUUCCGGUGAAAAUAACUUCAACAAAGCCGUGACAACAAGCAAUGAAGCUGAGUUAGAAUCGGAAAGUUUCCUCAAUGACAAGGUCAAAAUCCUUCCCACUCAAGAUUUUUCCUUUGAACCAAAUCCCAUAACAACAAACCAAGUUCAACGAAGACAAGCAAAGCGAAAUGUGGUUAAAAGAGUCUUGUACCGGAAUGCUCUCUGCGAACAGUAUGUCAUUGCAGCCAACCAUAAUGGUCUGAACACUGAUUUGAUAGACCUUAUCGAGGAGAACGCAUCGAAGGUACCACGGGUAGUACUGAACAGUUUUAGAGAGCUGAGAGAUUAUCUAAAAGAACCGAUACCCAACCACCCUGACAGUGACAUUCUGUUGAUCAGAUCCUUUAUUAUUUGGUUGUCAGAUGCAUUGGAUCAUGAUACAGUUGAGGAUUUAGAGCCUCCAUCUUCUCCUCUGUCAUACAGAUCUGGUGAAGGACAAGGCAGAACCCCGGAUGUAUUAGUUAGACUGUUACGGCAACAUAAAACUACAUGUACCACAAUAUUUAUCUUAUUAUGCUGGGCUGCUGGUAUUAAAUGUGAGAAGAUAAGUGGUGUCUGCAGGAGUGAUGAUGGAAGCACAUUACUUCCAUGUGCAUGGGUAGCAGUUUUUAUGAAAGACACGUGGCAGCUUGUUCAUCCAUACCGCAUAUGUCGAACAUUAUCAGGGAAUAUAUCAAAAGACAUGUUCAAAUCUUAUACUGAAGUCCAUUCAGAUACUAAUGAGAUUCUAAAGCAAAUAUUCUUAGAUCAUUAUGUUUUGUCAAAUCCAGAACAUUUUAUUCACGAAUGCUUUCCUGAUGAUGAAAAAUGGCAGUUACUUCUUGAACCAAUAACCAAAGAACAAUUCUUAGACCAAGACAUGUUCUUUCCUCCUUGGUGGAGAACGGGUCUAAAACUUACUACUCAUUUGAGCCAUCGAAUGACCUGUGACGAUGGUAGAAUUACACUUGGUUUCAUGGGAACAUACGAAUCCGUAUAUGAAUUGGUACUUUGGUAUACUUUAGAAUUAGUUGAGACAGACUUAGAUAUAAAAAUUGAAAAUGAUCACUUCUUACAAAAGUUUGUUUAUCUUGUCAGAAACGAAUCAACCUGGACAUGUGAUAUACUGUUUCCUUAUACUGGUACCUACAAACUUGUAUUUUAUGCCGGUAAAUAUGGUGAACCUCUUCUAAAAAUACUCGCAGUUGAUAUCGAUUGCAAGGUGUGUCACCCUGAACCCGUGCCACUUCCUAUUAACACUGGUGCUAUUGGCCUGGGGCCUGGUCCUUUCAUGUACUUCACUGGGCUUUCUCAUCCAUCAUACAGAUCUGGAAUACUGCACAUCGAUUUGAGCAGACAUUUCCAGAUAAAAUUUCGGAUAGAUAAUAGAAUGUCUGAAUUGAUUUGCAUAAAAGCUAAUGUGUUGUCUUCUGAAGCAACAUCGAACCAUUCCAAGAAUUACGAAGUGACCAAUAAACUUACCCAGUGUUGUUUUAUACGAAGGAGAACAUACAAAGAAGUAGUGAUUGACGUAUUUCCACCAGAAUCACCAGGACAGUACAUUUUGCAGAUUUUUACUGAAACAAAUGGAUAUUUAGAAUCCGAGACAAAAACAGCCUGUUACUACCUGUUGAUCUACGACGAACUUCCUUUGCAAGAAUCGCACGAGAACUGUGGUACCAGAGCUGCUCGUAAGAUGUUAAAUGCUUCAAUAGAAGGCAAGAACGUCAACGAAAUAUUAUUCCGUAUUCAGGACUGUGCUAGCAAGAAAAUAACAGAGAUCGACCUAGAUGUUCAAAGAGCUAGAGGAAAAGCUGCAAUUCUCAACAUCAAACAAAAAAAACUACACAGAGGUCAAAAAGUGGCUGUCGAUCCACGGCUGCAUCAUUCGAACAUAGUAAGACAAUCGGAGUAUGAAGCAAGACUACAUAGACUUAUAAAUCUUCUCGAAAGACUGAUCUAUUAUCUACAGCAUGGUGAUAGCUCAAAAUCAUGGACAACUGUGAGCAGACCACAAUCAGUAAACAAGGAACCAGUCGAAAAGACUGAAACAGUUCAUCAAACAUUGAAUUUGCUCCUUACGUUAUUCAGCAAGUCAGAGAAGGACAAGGAUACUGUGUGUUUGCUUGAAGAACUCUCGAAAGAGCUGAAGCAGCAUGGAUUUAUUCUUUUACCAGAAGACAUUAGAUGGACGAUGGAUUUGAUGGAAGAUUUUACAUUUAACCAUCGAAUAAAGAUUGCAUCAGACAUAUUCAAUUGUGUUAACGAGAUAGUAACAUUGCUGAUAAGUGAAUGGAAUGCGUUAGAAAGAUAAUCAUAUUCAAAAAGGCAACACCAUGACUGAACGGCAAAGAAGUUUCAUUUCUAAUAUGUAGCUUAAUGUCUACAUAUUAUUUUACUAAUUGUGAAAGUUAAUAGAUUAAUACAUGUAACUACUUUCGAACUUAUCCAAUGUGGUGUAAGUUUUCAACUCUACGUCAUUUACCGUCCACCACCAUCCAAGAUUAACAUUAUUAAAACGUCAAAUUUUUUCGCGGAAUGGUCGGCAUUUCUUGAUCAAAUUAUAGUCAGGAACGAUGAUAUUGUGAUAACAGGUGUUUUGAACUUCCAUCUGGACAAUCCGAGUAAUUCUGAGGCUAGAACAUUUCUAGAAAUAUUGAUAGAGCAUGAACUAGUACAACACGUUCGUUGUGUGACACAUAUUUGUGGGCAUAUUCUUGAUGUGGUAAUUACUAGAGAGGAUAGUCCGAUUUUGCUCGAAACGCCGUCAGUUCAAAAUCCAAAUCUUUGUGAUAAUAAGGGAAAUCCAUCUGGCGACCACUUUGCGCUCCUGACCAAAAUAAAUGUGACCAAACCUCCCAAACAACGAAAAACAAUUACAUACCACAAGUACCGUGACAUCGAUAUGUCUGAUUUAAAGGACGACUUACGAAACAUUUCAAAUCCCGAGACCAACCAAGCGUUCUGAAAAACUCGUGGAAAGCUACAAUUCUCAAAUUAAGUCAAUGAUCGACAAACAUGCUCCAAUUAAAUCAAAGAUAAUAAGAAACUAUUAUUCGAACAAAAUUGCAGAGAUUAGUAACGAUCAGAAACAGUUUCAUAAAAUAAUUGGAGAUUUAAUGGGGAACAAGCGUGAAGUGGUUCUCCUCUUGUCUCAUGAUGAAAAGGAUUUAGCAAUAGGUUUUGUGUUUUUUUUUCUCUUGGAAACAUUGAUACCAUUCAAAAUGGAUUAUGUGAAUCGAUCGGCGAAAUGUCGGGAAGUCGAAAUUAUCUAUCAGCUGAUCAAAAAUUCAAGGGCGUGCAUUUACAUGUCCUACCUCCUGCAACACUCGAAGAAGUCAAGAAAAUUAUUCUGAAAGAGCCAUCAAAACCUUGUGAACUGGACCCUUUGCCAACACACCUUCUUAAAUAGUGCAUAGACACUUUAGCGCCUGUUAUUACAAACAUAGUGAACAUUUCGUUGGCUAAAUCGAUAGAACAGGCAGUUGAGCGGCUAUCAAUUUAGAAAGCAAACCUAGACAAAAAAGUUCUAAAAAAUUACCGCCCAGUGUGAAACUGGCCAUUUGUAUCCAAAGUUGUCGAAAGAGUUGUUGACACGAGAUUUUGAUCUCAUAUAAUGUUGAAUUCUUUACAUGACGAUAUGCAGUCAGCAUAUCGCACCGGACAUUCAACUGGAACAGCAUUGAUCCGUGUUUAUCAUGACAUUACAAACGCACUCGACAACAACUCUUGUGUAAUAUUGCUGAUGUUGGAUCUUUCAGCAGCGUUCGACGUGAUCGAUCACGACAUUCUAUUCGAACGUCUACAGAACAUUACAAACGCAUUAAGUCAAUGAUCUUCUGAUGCUAGAACUUUUGGUAUAUCUGGAACAGCCUUGUCAUGGCUUCGUUCAUAUUUGACUAAUAGGUUGCAAUAUGUCUCCAUUGGAUCUGUUCACUCCGACAAUAUGCUCCUGAAAUAUGGCGUCCCACAGGGUUCCGUGCUUGGACCGAGACUUCACUCCAUGUUUUCGUACCCAGUUAGUGAAAUAUGUAAGAAGCAUAGCAUGGCAUACCACUGUUAUGCGGAUGAUACGCAAAUUUACCAAGUCACCAAACUGUAAGAUUAUUGGGAUGAAAUUACCUAGCGCCAAGAAGCCUGUUUGGAAGAUAUCAAAACUUGGAUGUGUACAAAUAUGUUGAGGCUAAAUCAGGACAAGACCGAAUUGAUUGUUUUUGCUCCAAAUCACAAAGUCAAAGGUCUUAGUAAGUUACUACUGAAUUUUGAUGGAAUUAUACUAAGUGAAUCUACCUGUGUUCGAAAUCUUUUAGUUUUUCACAGUAUGCAGCAACAGACAAAUGCAAUUACCAAAUCCUGUUUCCAUCAGAUUCGUAACAUAGGACAGAUUCGAUCAUAUAUAACGGAGGACGCUUGCAAAACUUGUAAACUCUCUUGUUACGUCGCGACUUGAUUACGGUAAUGCUUUGAUGUAUGGUGUGAAUGCCUCGAGUCUAUCCAAAAUUCAACGUUUGCAGAAUACAGCUGGCAGACUAGUGACAUGCAAAAAGAAGUUUAAAACAUAUAACUCCAGCACUUAUGACCCUUUGGCUAUCUUUUAGGCUAUCUUUUAAAUUCCGAUGUCAUUUCAAACUGUUGCUUUACGCAUUCAAAUCCAUGCAUGGACUUGCACCUUCGUAUCUAAGAUAACUAAAACAUUUUUACAAACCAGCACGAUCGUUGCGAUCUGAAAAUGCUUCUUUAAUUGAGAUGCCACAAAACGCACGAACCAAAAUGUAUGGUGAACGGAGGUUCGAUGUUGCGGCCGGGACUCUGUGGAAUAGCCUUCAAACAAAACUUCGAAAUGAACAAUCGCUAGAACUAUUUCAUAAAGGGCUAAAGACGCAUCUAUUCAAAGUUGCAUUUGUUGAUCGCUAAUAUUUAAGACCUAGAACUGUGAUUGGUUGUAUUGACUAAUGUUGAUUUUUAAUAUUUUGUAAAUUUUAGUCUGAUUUUAUGUGUUUCUAUAUAUUUUCAUACAACAUUUUUAUUUUAAAUUUUUUUAGAAGCUGGAGUAUUUUAGUAACUUAUUUUUAAAUACAGAAUUCAGCAAUUUUAGAAAUAUUUAGUUAAUAUAACAAAUAUAUUAAGAAAAUAUAUUAUCAAGUUUUCAAAUUUUUACUUAUUCAUUACUAAUUCUAUUAAGUCACUUUUAACCAAGUUGCUGGAGUCUUAACUUUUUAUAGUUGAUUUGAUGUUGUAUACAUAUUUUGUUAUAUUUUUAACUUUGAAAUUUCGUGUAUGUACGAACUUGUGUACUUUUGCUUUAACAUGUAAAGCGGUUAGAGUAAUUGUAGUUUUAUAUAAUGCGCUAUAAAAAAAAACUUUUUCAAAGAAAUAAAUCCUCAAAUUAAUACGGACGCCGUCACAACAAUUAGUGAUU